AUGGCCUCAGGCCCACAUUACGCCCCUCUGGCAGAGGAUGACUUUGAGUCAGAUGACCCGGGUUCACACACCCACCCGGCUCCAUCACAGGCACACACCCGCCCAGCUUCACCCACUGCCACGCUUCAAGCAUACCUGGAAAUUCAAUGGAUCUAUGCUGGUGUUGAGUAUGACUCGUUCGAAAACGCUAUCUGUGCCUCGGCAAAUAGUUUAGGCAUCACCAACCAAGCCUACGUCGAUUGGACCAUCUCCGUGACAAGGGACAUCACCCGGCGCGAAGUAGUUAACGUUUACAAUGUCCUCAGCAAUAAGGUAUAUGAACAUCGGAACGACUUCCUCAAGGAGUGUGACACCACCCACGCCACCUUCAGACAGAUGGACAGCUCAAUGACAGGACUUCACACCAAGGCUGACACUGCCGGAAACCUUGCACUCAAAGCCGUCGAAGAGAACAAGCAGUUGAAGGCAGAAAUCAUCACUGUCAAAGCAGACCUGGACAUGCUCAAUCACAACAACAUGGAACUCGUCAAAUGGUACAAGGAACUCACAGCCAAGUUUAUGCAAUUGGAACAAGACCUGUCAAACUGCACCAUGUUUGGUAUCACUACCGCUCCAGCCCCUGUCGUAUCACAGGCUUCACGUAUCAAAGCCUCAGAAUCACCCAAGUACAAAGGCAACAAGGGUUCAGAAGUCACUCUCGAGCAAUGUUUACAGAAGAUGGGCCUCUGGUUCCGCAUUCAGAACAUCACUACGGACGACGACAAAAUCACCUUGGCACUUACGUACCUGGAAGGUGGCGUGCAUGACUACAUCGAGGACUACAUCGAAACAGCAGCAAGCGGUGAAUCCCUUGGAACCUGGACUGACUUCGUCAAUCGACUCAAGGCAGGCUAUCGUCAACUGGCUCCGGAGAAGACGGCACAAACAUCCCUCAAAGAGUGGUGCUCGAAGACGCACACCACCGUUAUUCAGUUUGCCGAGAACUUCGGCCGCUAUGCCUCAAAGUCAGGUUAUGCCGAUGUAGAGCUCAUCCAUCGCAUCGACAACCAAGUUGGCAUGAACUCGCAAAUUCUGACAGUCAUGACGGCAAUGCAGCAAGUCAACCUGAUGCUGAUUCCAACGAAAUGGGAACACUAUCUGGAUUGGGUACUCAAGCUGGAAAUGGAAACUCGUGGAAAUCAGGCCAAGUUGUCUUUGCAGCAGCACACAACUAGUCGCCCUCUGCAGAACCCCAAUGCCAUGGACGUUGACACAAAGAAACUGUCCAAGGAACAGCUCGAAUGGCUCGACAAGAAGCUCUGA